CUCGAAUGCAAUCGAUGAACACAUCCGUCAUCCUCCGCCAUUUGCGAAAGAAAGGCCGAUCGCUGCUCUGCAGCGCGAGUGUCAUCGGGUCGACUAUGUCGAGUGUUUAAAAAAAAAAUUGUUAUUUUCGAAAAAACUUGUGAACUCAGUGCUGUCAUUUAAACAGUUAAAAUGAUUGUGAGAUUUUUGGGCCUUCUGUGCUUAGGAGUUUUGGUAGCUUCGGCACACAACGGCGAGGGAAACAACGACAAUGAAGACAUUCCAUACUUAGAGCUGGCUGAACCUGACGAAGGCUAUCAUGGGUUGAUCCGGGAAAAUGAGACGUUAGUGGAGGUGACGCCGGCCAUCCGCGCCCGGGGUCCGCUCUGCUCAUUCCUCAUCUUGAACAAUAAACACCAUGGGGAAGCACCAUUUGAGAUAAUGGUGAUAGACGAGAACGAGGCGCGUCUGCGCGUGCGCUACCCGCUCAACUGCGAGAAGCGACGCAAUUACAAGUUCGACAUCGCCGCCGUUGGCUGCGACGGUUCCUACUCCAACACUGUACCAGUCCACAUAACAGUGACAGACGUGAACGAAUUUGCGCCCGUGUUCAGCCAAGCGGCGUACGUACGCUCCGUAGACGAAGGGAAGCUGUACGACGAGAUUGUCCGCGUGGAGGCAACGGACCGCGACUGCACGCCGAGAUACGGCGACGUCUGCAAAUACGAGAUAUCGAACGACGGGGACAGCAGCCAACCCUUUGCGAUCGAUAACGAGGGUGUAAUCCGCAACACAGAACCUUUGGAAUACGACAAAUCACAUAACCACAUACUUUCGGUGACGGCGUACGACUGCGGCAUGAUGCAGUCCGCGCCCGUGAUGGUCACCAUCAAGGUCAACAAACCCUGUCGUGCCGGAUGGAAGGGUCUCGCGGAACGCGUCGACUACGCCCCCGGCUCCGGUCCCCUGGCCCUCUUCCCCGCAGCGAGACUAGAGGCCUGCUCCAGUGAUGAAAGAUGUCCCGGAGUGACGCGUAUCCAGGCCGCUGUGACCCUGCAGGCCUCUCGCGCUGGAGUCGCUUGUGAUCGCGACACGUACACCUUGCACUCGCAACGGACUAUCUGUGGUUUGGACUCGAAGACAGUCGAUCUGCUCCCGAGCCCCGGCGUGGGUAACGAAUGGGCCAAGUCUCUGAAACCGGAUUCAGGGCGCGACGGCGAACAAAUGUUCGAAUUCGACGGCGAGUCCACAUCGGCCAUCGUGCCCGAGUCCGUCCUGCCGCAUUCCUUCGGGAGCACCUUCUCCGUGUCCACGUGGAUGCGCCACGCGCCGCCGCCCGACCACGACAAGCACCGCAAGGAGCACGUGCUGUGCUUGGCCGACGACCACAAAAUGAACCGACACCACUACGCGUUGUUCGUCCGGAACUGCCGUCUGAUCCUUCUCCUGCGGAGGGACUUCGGAGAGGGAGAUCUGAACAUCUUCAGACCCGCUGAAUGGCGCUGGAAGCUGCCCGAGGUAUGCGACAACGAGUGGCACCACUACGCCGUGAACGUGCGCUUCCCGAACGUGGAACUGUUCGUGGACGGCGAGCCCUACCGCUCACCGGACGGCAAGGGCCCGGAGGUGAUCGACGACUGGCCGCUGCACCCCGCGCACGGCGUCAACACCACCCUGGUCGUGGGGGCCUGCUGGCAAGGCACGGAGAGCGACAUGAAGCACCACCUGCGCGGCUGGCUGGCGGGGCUGGGCGUGCGGGCGGGCGGCGUGCAGGCGGGCGGCGCGCUGCGCUGCGCGGCGCGCUGCCGCGAGGGGCUGUCGCUGGCGCCCGGCGUGUUCCUGCGCGCCGUGGCCGUGGAGGGCGACGGCGCCGCCGAGCUGGAGACGCUGCUGCGCCGCGUGGCCUACGGCGACGCGCGCGCCUUCCCCACGCCGGGCCGCCGCAACGUGCACCUCGCCACCACCAUCACGUGCGACAACGGCCGCGUCAUCGAGGCGCGCCCGGCCGAGUCCUACGUCAUGGUGCUGGCCCCGCAGACGCCUACCAUCCUGCUGAACGGUAGCGCGGACGCCGCGCGCGACUACGCCCACUUCAGAGCCGGCCUGCCCGUCUUCCCGGACCUGAGAGUGCAGGUCCUCGCCAGGUCCGGAGACGACGUUAGAGAAGCGGAGAGCCAGAAGCUGGAUUCAUGCGUGGUGUCGGUGUACCCGGCGCUGAACCCCGACCACGAGUCGCUGUCCCUGCGCGGCGCCCCCCCCGGCGCCCCCCCCGUCGGCGACAUCCGCGCCGCGCUCACGCGGGACGGCGUCAGCCUGACCGGCGCCGACUCCGUGCACAACUACCAGCAGAUACUCCGCGAGAUCGAGUACAGCAACAAGAAGCCCGCCUACUAUCUCAACCGCGUCUUCAAGCUGACCUGCUCCGAGCUCAACGGACGAUUCACCAGCAACGAAUACGUGCAGACCUUGACCGUCGUACAUCCGCGAGCGGCCGGAGAUGCGCAUGCGCAGCGACCCUCCGGGCUGGCCGACAAGCUGGACGUCGCGAGGGAUAAGUCCCCGGCGGGCCCGGCGCAGGCGCCGCGCGCGUUCGCCGCGCACGCGCUGCGCUCGGCGCACGCGGCCGAGCUGCCCGCCGCGCGCCUGCUCGAGCUGCGCCCGCGCGACCGCGCCUCGGGCAACGUGGCCGUGCUGAUGGGCGCCGUGUGCGUGGGCGCCGUGCUGGUGCUGGCGGCGCUGGGCGUGGCCCGCGCGCGGUCCCGCCCCCGCGCCCCGCCGCGCUCCCCGCGCGCGCCCGACGGCGAGAUGGCGUGGGACGACUCGGCGCUCACCAUCACCGUGAACCCCAUGGAGGACUCGCCGGCCGGCGCGCGCGCGGCGGGCCCGGCGCCGGCCGACAGCUCGGACGGCGACUCGUGCUCCGAGUCCGACUCCGAGCACGGCGACUCCUCGGACGACGACGAGGAAGUUGUAGCGGGCAAGCAGCACAAGUACAGGAACAUCAGCCAGCUGGAGUGGGACAACAGCACGAUGUAAUGCGCCCGCCGACCGCACUCUCCCCUCUCCCUCUCGCCCGCGCACGCUCUCGCUCGCUCUCGCCCCCGACCGCCGCCGAGGACACCCCGGCCCGCACCGGACCGCACCGGACCGCACGGUCGGCUUCCGACGAUGUAAUAUACUUGUGAGAAAUAUGGCAGCGUCCCGCAGCCGCGGGGCUCGACGGCGGUCGUGCCCGAGUAGCCGAGACCUUUCUUAGCACUCUUUUAUAAUGGAAUUGAUUUUGUAGACAAAUCGAACACAGAAUUUUCUAAACGCAGAACGUUUUAUCUAAAUUUAUUAAGGAAAGGCACAAAUUAGUUAAUCUAAAUCGCAUACUUUGACCGACAUCUGUCCCGACGAAAGUGAACUCUAUCAAUGAGGCGCAAGGUUCACAUUGCAAUCGUAGACGUGAUCGUGGGUGUAUUAUAACUUAUAAGUAAGUCUCAAAAUUGAUCAUAUCAAGUUUAUACGUAACGAAAUACGAUUCCCUCGCUUGCUUUCGUAGACUCUCCGGAGUCGCUGGGCUCUGGUACUCUAUCCGUACCUAUGUAUCAAACAGUAGUCGUUAUGUCGUAUGGAGUAAGAUGAGUUUAGUGUUAAGCGAUAAAGUACUAUGUAUUAUAUAUCUAAUAUAAGACGCUUCGCCCGAUCGUUUCAUUCUGAACGCCGUUUCAACGGCCAUCGUUCAUUUAACGCAUUUAUUUAGUACAACGCGGACCGACGGUCUGCGCAUUUUACGUGACGGUACAAACGAUUCACUCGUAGAUUAAUGUUUUAUGAUAACGGAAUGUCCACUCUCACCCUUUACGAGCUUCUCGAACGAAUCGGCUUAAAUGUAUAUUAGGCACAGAGUUAUUUGAAAACAAAUAGAUGUACUAUAAACUAUACACUUACUUAUACCGACGAUGUCGUUAGGAUCAGCAACUAUAUUGUAUAACUACAUAUAAUUAUAUAUAUAUUUUGAAUGCGUUAAGGGAUUUUUACUAACAGUUAGGUACUAAGUGGCUACGUGUUAGUGUCGCGGGGAGCCGCUAGCGUAAGAGUAGAUAAGUUUCAUCCUUCGUUUCGGCCCGGGUCGUCCGUCUCUGUCGCACGCGAGGGCCCGCAUCGCUCCGUCUCCCUCGGGGGUUUGCAUAUCAGGAUAGUUUGCCAUAUUAGAAUAGAGUCCGACUGUAUGUACGUCUGUACGACCACUGAGCAAUCUUUGUAACAUAAUCAUUGGUGUAUCCGUCUCUAGUUGACGUCGAGUGUUGUUCGUUCUAUCUCUUUCUAUCGGAGUUGGACUUUUGUGUAUUCGCACGUUGAUUUUUAGGUGUAGUCUGUUAGUGGGUCACGGUACCGUGAGAUAUCAAAUAUCGUAGCUUUGUUAACGAUUUGUAAUUUUUGACAAAUUUAUAUAAAUUUGAACCUUAGUGUAUUGCAAAAUGGUUUAAAAUCAUGAAAUCAAUUGUAAACGUUUGUCAGAAAUACAUUCGAGGUGACGUGACGUCUAACAGAUUAUACGUCAGUGCGGGUUGCGGUUAGGGAUCGAUAAGAUAUUGCGAUGGCAGUUUACAUUAUUUUUUGUGCCAUUUAAAUAUUUUUACAACUAUAUCUCUGCAAGAUCCUAAACGCAACGCGCCAUUUUGUUUUCUAUUGGUUAUUUCGUUGAGUUUGCUUUUUACUCGACAACCGUCCAAUGACCAUUUCCCAUUUUUUUUUAUAGUUUUUAAGAUCUGACUUUAAAUUUUGGCCACAACUCAAAAUAAUAGCACAAAAUGCAGGAGUUUUGAUUUUUUUUUUCAAAUAUGUAUUAUAAGGUAGCUACUUAUUUUACUUUUAUAUGAUUACAUAAUUAAUGUUUUUUUUUCAUUAUUUUGUAUUUUUGCGGUAUUAUUACUGUAUACUUAGAUAUCUUCUUUGAUGUAUGAAUUAUUAUAUUUUAGCUAAAAAUAAAGUUGGUUUAAAAUAA